GGCGGAGAAUGUUUUUAUUCUUUAAUAUCCGUGAUAAUAUCGUCGAUUUUGUGACUCGACAACAGUUUUCUUUCUUCGCGCAUUCAACUCGUUAAAUGUAAUCAACGUCAUGGACAUACGCGGGAUAGAAGUUACGAAUCAGUUGCGGAGUGCUAUUCGUGCUAAGUUGCUGGAGUUAGGAAUAAGAUAUGACGAGGAGCUACCAGAUUAUAUUUUAGUAAUGGUUGUAAAUAAAAAGUCUCGUCAACAGAUGCAUGAGGAUUUAUACUUAUUUCUUGAAAAUUGCACAACACCAUUUGUUGAUUGGUUACACGAUCAAGUAUUGAAAAAGUUACAGAAAGUCACUGUAGCCAAGAAGAAAACUUUGAGGGAAUUUGUUCCCACAGUUGUUGUAAAACAAGAGGAAGAAAGAAAGAAAAGAAAGUCAUCGACUACUUCCUUCUUGGAAGACCAAGCUGCUACUCUACCCAUUGAAAAGUCUUCCAAUAAGAAUAUGAAGGAUGAUAAAUCAUUCCAUAAGCAAAAUACAAAACUAUCCUUAUCUAGUCAAAAAUUAGAGACAAGUCAGAAUAAAAGUAUAGACAAACUCGUGAAAAAUAUUAAUCACGAGAGUGUGUCAGAAAGUACAUCAAACCACACUGUUACUCAGCAGUCUGUGUCCAAAAGAAUACUAGGAAGCGAUAGUCAAAAUACAAAUAUUAAUAAAGAAGUUUCAACUUUUGAAAUUUCCAAUAAUAAGUCUAAAGAAUCUCAUAUUGAUACAAAAAUGGAUGAUAUAUCGAUCAGAAAUUUAAAAAGACCACUGGAUACAACAAAUAAGGAUAGUUUGGAGAGAAAGCAGAAUGAUGCAAAAAGAUCGAAAAUUGACGAGGAUGGCGAGAGCACAAUGGAGGAUAACACAAGGAAAUUAAAGUCUUGUGUUAACAAGCCAAAAGUCACGUCUGUUGUCUCUGUGAAAAAUCGUCUGGGUGUGGUGUCACCCAGGAAGAAGUUCGAGGUUCACAGAGAAAAGAUAGAUACCGAAAGUCGGUAUAGGCAAAACGAGAAGCGUCUUGAAAAGCAUCGAUUGGAUAAUAACCGUAAUAAUAAUUUUCCCAGGGGAAGGACCUUCGACAUGGAAGAUCGUCCGAAAAGGAAUCGCGAGAUCGAAUUGAAACACAAUAAACCGGAUAAAGUUGGUAUCAAAACUCGAUUGGGUAAUUCCAAAGUGGAAAAAGCAUCCAAAAACGUAGAGUUAAGGGAGAAAGUAAAUUCUAAUCUAAAAUUAAAAUCGGCGGAAAGAACGACGGGUACGAUUAAAGAUCGUUUAGGAAUUGCAAAUAAGUCCCCUAAACAAUUAGGGAAUAAAGAAUCUGUAGAGUUUAGAAGCAAACUUCUGGAGCAAGAUCGUGAUACUCUGACUAUUAACAAAAACAUAAAGAACAGAUUGGGACCAUUCAAGAAUAACUUUAAACCAGUAAGCGUUAAAAGUGGCUUUAAUUCGUCGAUCAGACGUUCUCAAAGUAGCGAGGACGAUGACUACCUCAAUUUGGGAGCAGAAGAGGAAUUAGACGAUGACACGCAAUCUGUAGGACCAUCUGGACCUAUUAAAUCUCACAUAAUAGCUGUAAAUAAAUCUGCUGCAGUUAAGACUGAGAGAAAACGAUUAAAAACAUUGGAGAAAGGAAAUAAAGAAUGCAGCGAUAUAGAGGAGGAGACUGAGGAAACGAAGAUACCCAGUAAAGUAAUUGUAACACCGAGACCGCUGAAACCAUUACAACCAACACAGAAACGUGCCACGCAAUCACUUUUAUUAAGGGCUGUUGCAGAAGCAAAUCAAUCUGUUGUUACACAAAAGAAUCCAGAGCCAUCCUUACUGAAAUUUUCACAGGAGAAGAAGCAAACGUUGAAACAUCUUAAACUAGCUGCUGUACGGGAUGUGGGUCAAAAUCUAUCAGUACACUUGAAUUCCAAUAAAAGAUUAGUUAUGGAGAAAAUACAAGUAGAAUUAAAUACAGACGUUUCGGAGUCGAAAUCGAAGCCUUAUGUACCGCAACCAGUUACCGAGGAACAUAUGGGUGUCGUAAUGUCUUUAUUCCAAAGGAGCGAUGACAACCAAAAAUUUUUAGUUACACUUAAUGGAUACAACAAUAAUUUAAUGAAAGAGAAAACCACAUCCGACGACGAUGAACGACUCGAAAUGGAGGUAGUGAAUGAAGACGACGAGCUUGCACUAUCAACAAUUCAAAACGAUGUAUACGUUCAAAAUGAAUCAGACGUUUCUGUUUUUCAAAUGGCAGAGAUGGAAGUCGAAGGUGAUAUGAGCAUGAAAGAAAGGACCGAAGAAAACAAUGAAAAUUGUAAUACAGAGAACGUAGAAAAAACCGGAGAAAUACCAAAAAAGCGGAGAAAAUUAAGUCCAAUUGUUUAUAACAGAUCCCACUCACCAAGUCCCACGGAUUUAAAAUCCAGUGCAUUAUUAACAAAUUCAUUAUUAACUAAACGUCUCGAUAAAAAACCACUAACAGAGAACACGGUGACGGUGAUAGAUAAGUCGAAAGAAAAAUGUAGAUACUGGCCGAAUUGUACAUUAGGAAGUAAAUGCGCGUAUCUUCAUCCCCUUGCUAUGUGCAGUGCAUUCCCUGCGUGUAAAUUCGGCGAUAAGUGUGCUUACAGACAUCCCAAAUGCAAAUUCGGCUUGUCCUGCACGAAAUUGGGAUGCGUGUUCUCUCAUCCCGCUCAACAGUGCAAGUAUCAUCCAUUCUGCACCAAACCAGCGUGUCCAUAUUCUCAUCCGAUGCCGGUCGCCGCGGAGACGUCUAGUCAGAGGGCGAAAUUCACGUGGCGCAGGCGAGAUUGAGUCACACUUUUGUACAAACAAUGUACAAAUUUCCCUUUCCUCUAGCGAUAGGUCGACAUGCAUAUUGGCAAGGAUACUCUCACGACUACGCGAUUUUUAGUAACGAAAAACUCGAUACACGUGACGAGAAUAGCAAUAACGUAGUAUUAGAUUAAUACUGCCAAUUACAUUACGUUUAGCUGGGUUAUGAAUACGUAAAAUAAUUAGCGGGUUAAAAGAUAUUAAGAAUUCUUGCUUUCUACUCGACGAUCUUUACAUCUUUGUAGAUCCAUAGUUUCAGUUACUGCACACGUAUUGUACUUUACUAUUAUAGAGUUACAGUAGCAUAAUUUUCAUCUACCACGAAGAAAAGUCUUUUCUUACUAUGUAUCUUUUCCUUUCACGUAUCGUUGGCGAUAGUAUUCUUGCUGAUAGGUAAAAAACAACAUUCUACUUUGUACAAAUGAGAACGAGUGUACGUUUUGAUUGCAAACUUUGGACGGAAUUUCGACGCUCGACUCCCAUUUAAUCUGUAUCAUAUAUCACGUCGACUCACGGAGCAGCGGUUUGCAUUUGUUGAGUAACACAUUAAUAAUAUUGUAGCUUUAUUCGUUUUCCUGUUUACGGGAUACGAACAUUAUCUUUUACCAUUUCGCUGGUCCAGUUGAAUGGAUCGCGGAUCGUCUAUUCGUUUAAUCGUAGCUCUAAGGAAAC